GACCACCCAUGGGAUUCAUCCACACAUCCUUAUCCUGGGCAUCACAGAAUGGCAUCCUAUGUGUCACCUCCCAUUGCAUCUGUGGAUCUGACAGAGAAAUAUUAUAAGGGCCCAUGUCCCACCAUUCCUUAUUUCCGCAACAAUGAUCCCAGUGAGUUUGCCCGAUUAAAAAUAGCCUUGGACAAUCUCUUGCCAUCUGAUAGUACUGAGAUGUUUAAAUAUCAAGUUUUGGUUGACCACCUGAAAUUGGAUGAUGCUUGUUUAAUAGCAGACUCCUUCUUGCACUCCCCUACGCCUUAUCAAGACACCAUGAUGGCCCUCAAUGAGCGGUUUGGUCAACCCCACCAGGUAGCAUUAAGAAGGAUUGCUACCAUUCUUGAUUCUCCUGAUAUAAGCCGCAAUGACCCAUCAGCCUUUGAGAAGUUUUCCCUUCAAGUGCAGUCUUUAGUUGGUCUGCUUAAGACUUCAGGUCAGGCGGGUAGCAUUGAGUUGCAGUGUGGGUCGCAUGUUGCACGCCUCCUCAGUAAGCUGCCACCUGAAAGACGGGCUGAUUUUCGCCGCCACAUGUUACAACGGCCUGGGGUAACAUACUCAUUGUUAGAUCUGUCAGAAUGGCUGAAAUAUGAGUCUUGGUGUCAAAGCUACGAUGAUCAAACAAUAAAGGGGGAAAGCCGAGCCAAACGAGAGCCCAGAGUAGUUCCACGAACACGCCGAACCACUGCCACUGUACUGACUGGGUCUGGGAACAAUGCUGAGGUGACAACCUGUACAUAUUCUCCUGCCAAGGUUGAUGAGAAAGCUAAGAGUAGGCUCUCAGUAUAUUGCUCUUACUGUCAGAACUCUGAGCAUCCAUUCAGUCAGUGCCCCAAAAUUCCAACCCUUACCAAAGACCAGCUCUCAGAGUGGAUACGAACCAAUAGGAGAUGCUGGCGCUGUGGCCUUGCUCAUCAGGCUGUCCACUGUGGACUAAAGAAACCAUGUCCGCUUUGUCAGAGAAAGCAUCUACGAAUCCUCCAUGAGGUAAAUGAGAGGCCUGCCAUACAAGCAUCCAAAAGAGAGGCUUGCUUAGUCAGCUCAGCAACACAGACAUUGUACCUGAACAAACCAGUCAGCAGUAAUAAAGUCUUACUCAAAGUUGUCAGAGUUCUCCUUCACCACGGCAAUUGCACCCUGGACACAUUUGCAAUCCUUGAUGAUGGAUCCGAGCGUACGAUGCUCCUGCCAGAGGCCGCACAGAAGCUUGGCUUGCGAGGGACUCAAGAAAGCUUAGCUCUGAGAACAAUCCGUCAUGAUGUGCAAACCCUUGAUGGAGCUUCAGUCUCAUUCUACAUUUCUCCAUACUCCAGUCCGAAGAAGCGGUAUCUCAUAUCUGGAGCUUUCACUGCCCCACAGCUUGAUCUUAUUGAUCACUCUUACCCAAUAUCCAAGCUGCAGAAGCAAUACAAACACUUGGUUGGACUACCACUGCAGUACUUUGAGAAGGCAAAACCUCUCGUUCUUGUUGGUGCAGAUCAAACUCACAUAAUCUCACCAAUCGAGCCAGUAAGACUUGGUCCACCUGGAGGCCCAGCUGCAAUAAGAACAAAGCUGGGAUGGACACUCCAGGGCCCUACCAGCCUGUUGGAGCAGAAACUCAAGCCAAAACAGUGUCUCCACCUUUCCAUUCCCCUCAGCAACACAGAACUGUUCAAGAAUGUUGAAAGGCUGUGGCAAGUGGAUGUUUUGCCAUUUCAGAAUGAAAGGGAAUGCACAAGAUCCAAGCUGGACCAAAGGGCCAUUGAGCUACUUGAAACUAAGACUGUCCGCGUAGAGGUGGAUGGAAUACGCCGCUAUGCGACACCCCUGCUACGCAAGUCUGACAUGCCCUAUCUUCAUGCUACUAUGGAAGCUGUCAUGCCACGCCUACGAAGUACUGAGAGAAAACUUGCCAGAGACCCACAACAAGCUGAAGCUUAUUCCUCUGAAAUCCUGAAAUUGGUUCAGUCUGGAGCUAUCAGAAAGCUCAGUCCAGAAGAAAGGAAAAGAGAUGGUGAGUCCUGGUUUAUUCCACAUCACAUGGUGUGCCAUAAUGAAAAGAAUCGUGUGGUGUUUGAUUGCUCUUUUCAAUUCAAUGGCCUCAGUCUGAAUGAUUCCCUCCUUGCUGGCCCCACCUUGGGUUCAUCACUCCUUGGGGUCUUACUCAGAUUCCGUGAGCAUGCAGUGGCCAUCAGUGCUGAUAUUCGGGGCAUGUUUCAUCAGGUCCGCCUUCUUCCAGUAGAUAGACCACUUCUUCAGUUUAUCUGGCGUGACUCAAAGGAGAAGAGUUCCCCUGAUGUCUUUGAAUGGCAAGUUCUGCCAUUCGGGACAACCUGCAGCCCCUGCUGUGCUACCUUCGCCUUACAGCAGCAUGUAAAGGAUCAUAGCCAACCCAACGAAGAUGUGAGGUUCUCAAUAGAACAAUGUUUCUACGUUGACAAUUGGUUGCAGAGUUUGUCGUCAUCAGAGGAGGCAAGGCAACUGGUUGACAAAAUGAGGGGUCUGCUGGCUGAGGGAGGUUUUGAGUUGAGACAGUGGGCCAGCAAUGUACCAGCUGUCAUUCACCAUCUUCCACAUGAAGCCAGAUCGGAAGGUCUUGAACUCUGGCUAGCCCAUAAAAAGACUGAUGUCCAGGAGUCCACAUUAGGCCUUAGCUGGAAUUGCCCUACAGAUGUCCUGACGUACCGUCACCGGCCCAUAAAUCAUGGCGCUCCAACCAUGAGGAUUAUUUACAAAGUUCUAGCUAGUCAGUACGACCCCUUGGGAUAUAUCCUCCCGUUCACCACCAGGGCUAAAGUACUGGUCCAACAACUUUGGAACAAGCAGCGCAGCUGGGAUGACACCCAACUUCCCCAAGCUUUAGUCCAGAACUGGAACGAAUGGGAAGGUGAGCUGCAGUUUCUGUACAAGAUCAGUUUCCCAAGGUCAUAUGUACCAGCUUCAGUGGAUCAAACCAGAUCUGUAACAGACCUUCAUGUGUUCAGCGACGCCUCAGAGAGUUCAUAUGGAGCAGUCACUUAUCUGCGCACUGAAGAUCAUCUUGGUAAGAUCCAUCUGUCAUUCGUACUGGCACGUUCGAGAGUGGCACCAAAAAGAGUCCUGUCAGUGCCCCGUUUGGAGCUCUGUGCUGCUGUAAUUGGUGCACAGUUGACAAACCUGCUGAGAAAAGAGUUAACUUUGCCACUUCGCCACACAGUUCUUUGGACAGACUCCACCACGGUUCUGUCCUGGAUUCAGUCAGAGUCCUGCCAAUUCAAAGUUUUCGUCGGUACCAGAGUGGCUGAAAUCCACGAGCUUACCAACCUCACUGACUGGCGAUAUGUGGACUCAGGUCAAAAUCCAGCAGAUGACCUUACAAGGGGAAAGACUUUGAAAGACCUUGCUAAGCCCAACAGAUGGAGCCAAGGGCCCCCAUUCCUGCUCCUCUCACCAGAAAGCUGGCCAGCAAAACCUGUAGAGUGCCCUGAGAUUGACAAGUCUGAGCUCAAGAAAUCUGCAUUCUGUGGAGUAGUAGCUGUAGAUGCAUCAUUUGGCAGUGAGCACAAGACCUGGACAGAAUUGGUAAAGGCUGUUGCACAAGAGCUACAUGGGGCGGCUGGAGAGCCAGGAGAACCUACAGCGAACACUUACCAAGCAGCAGAGAUCUGCAUAUUCCAGAAGGUGCAAAGUGAAAGCUUUCCUGAGGAAUUACAACGGCUGAAAUCAGACAAGCCUCUUCAACAUAAUAGCCGCUUACUCACCCUAGCUCCAGAAUAUGAUGCAGCUUCCAAUCUAAUCCGAGUUGGCGGUAGGCUAAGACGUGCUGAAACAUUAGAUCCUGCCCUGAAACAUCCCAUUGUACUAGAUUCUAAACAUCCAGCUGUCAGGUUACUCCUCCAAGAUUUCGAUAAAAGUCUCUGCCAUCCAGGCCCUGAUCGGGUGUUUGCAGCAAUAAGAAGACAGUUCUGGGUUCUAAGAGGAAGAGAAGCCAUCCGCAGCUUACAGCAUGCCUGUAUAGAAUGCCAACGUCUGAGAGCCAAACCUACCGUUCCCAAAAUGGCAGACCUUCCUUUAGCACGCUUGCGUCUUUACAAACCAGCCUUUCAUUCAACUGGGAUGGAUUGUUUCGGUCCCUUCCUCGUGAAAAUUGGUCGACGAGUAGAAAAGAGGUGGGGAGUCCUCUACAAGUGUCUUACCACCCGGGCUGUACACUUAGACCUUCUGCACAGUUUGGACACUGAUUCCUUUCUGAUGUCCCUUCGAAGGUUUAUUGCACAUAGAGGUUCCCCUGUAGAAUUACUAUCAGACCAAGGAACAAAUUUCCGGGGUGGGGAACGGGAACUCUGCGAAGCAUUCCAUUCUAUGUCACCUGAUCUUCAGCAAAGACUUGCACCACGGAAGAUAGCAUUCCAUUUUAAUCCUCCUGCAGCACCACACUUUGGGGGAGCGUGGGAGAGGGAGAUAAGAUCCAUUAAAAUGGCAUUAUCUGCGACUAUUGGGGCCCAAACAGUAUCCGAAGAAGUACUCAGGACCGUGUUGAUUGAAGUGGAGAAUAUUCUUAAUUCGAAACCCCUUGGGUAUGUGUCCUCUAAUGUGGCUGAUCCUGAUCCAGUAACACCCAACCUUCUUCUCAUGGGGCGGCUAGAUAACUCCCUGCCUGCAGUCAUAUACCCUAAAGAAGAAGGCUUGAGUCGUCGUAGAUGGAGACACUCCCAGGUACUAGCUGACCACUUCUGGUCCUCCUUUAUCCGCCAUUAUCUUCCAAACUUGCAGGUCAGACAGAAAUGGCACCAUACAUUCCCUAAUAUAACCAAAGGGAUGGUAGUCAUGAUAAUGGACCCCCAGCAGCCCAGAGCACACUGGCCUAUUGGAAGAGUAGUCCAACUGCACCCCAGUCAAGACUCACAAGUGAGAUCAGUGGACGUUGAAGUUCAAGGAAAGGUUUAUACUAGACCUGUAGCUCGACUUGUGGCCCUACCCCCCAUCCCAGAAGAUGAUAAAGAGGAGCCUAACACACCCACUGCUGCAUCAGUAGCUCACACGCAACCUUCUCAAGUGUCAAAUUGAUCACACAAUUUGGGGGCGGCUGUAUAAACGGCUUACGUGUGUGGCCCCUUUAAGACUUGUUGCCCCUUUAAGACUUGUUGCCCCUUUAAGAAGUGACGCAGCAAAGUUGUGUGGAGGAAAUGCAAGCCGAUCCAAGUUGGAGUGUUAUAUGUGUGCGUGCAUCUUAUAAAACCACACACCUAAUGCUUCAGUAAAAAAGACCUCAAAGAAAGAACUGUGGUUGACUGAGUUCCUGGGUUCUGACUGGCCCACCAGGGCGAGUGUUUCCUAUCAAACAGUCCUUAAGAGAUAGAGCUCAAAAUCC